CAAACCCAAGGCUACGCUACAAGUAGUAAACACAGCAAGAACUCCCGACUCUCACUGAAGAUGUUGAGCCUUCACGGAUUCCAGCCCUCCCUCAGCCCCUUUGUGGACUUCUACUGGCCCGUCCGCAGUAUCUGGCCUCACGUCCGACCUCUUGACAUUCACAGAGAUCUUAUGCUGAGAAACACGGAAGAUAUACCAAGCAGUCUGGAGCUCCUGAGGAAACUUCAGCACCACAUCUUCCAGGAGAUUGACCAAAUCCCAGCUUCAGAGGAGCUUCAUCCACUUCCUUGCAACCUUGAGAAGAAAGGAGAUGGUUUCGCUCUGACACUGGACACUAAAGACUUUUCUCCUGAAGAGCUGUCAGUCAAACAGGUGGGCAACAAGCUACAAGUGAGCGGCAAAUCUGAGAAGAGGCACGAAGAUGGAAAAGGCUCCUAUUCCUACAGGGUUCAGGCCUUCAGGAGAGAGUUUGAUCUCCCCGAAGGGGUGACUCCUGAGGCUGUCACCUGCAGAUUGGCAGAGGGAAAGCUUCACAUUGAAGCACCAGGAAAACAGACGCCUUCCAUCUCUGAGAGGGUAGUGCCCAUCGACUGCAAAACAGCGGAAUCCACAGAACAAGUAGAGAAGAUGGCAAAAGAGGACAACGCUGCAGAUUCAGCCGAGAUGACGCAGUAAACCCACUGCUGAAAAUGGACUUUUUUUGCAUCCUUGAUUUAAAAAGCUGGUCUUUUGAAAUGUUACUCAAUUUCUUAUUGUGUCUCCAUGAAGUUGAA